CUGUCUAUGCCGUUUUUACUGUUUUCUGUUAUCUGUUGCCUUUCUCUAAUUACACUGUGGACUCCCUCUUUCACUUCUUUGGAUAAAAUGCGAAAUGAUAUGAAAAUGUGAACUCGCUCAAUUACAUUUCAGUUCUACUUCUUUUCCUGUUCUUUCUUUUUUUCUUCUUGUUACUUCACCAUGAAAUAUUGUGUUUCUUGUUCCUUGCAUCUUGUUAGUUUCUGCGGCAGUUUGAAGUUGUUUUACUUUUACUCCAUUAUGGACUGGAAUCAAGCGGUUUGGUAUAUUUUGGCCCUGAUAACAACUCUAAAGUUGAGAGAUGAGUUAGGGAGGCUUGGUGUUGAGUUUGAAUGGUUCUAGGAUUGCGCUUGUUCUUUGCCAUUUUUACAUCAUUUGCGGCCUUUCUCUUGGAAAAUUCCUUGUGUUGUAUGACUUUCACGAUCACGGACAAAAUGCCAGAAAUUCAGUUGGGUACGCAUACUGUGAGAUCCCAUGGAGCUCAUUUAGCAAGAGUCCAUAUGCAUGAUUGGUUGAUCCUUGUGCUUCUUGUGGUGAUAGAGGUCGUGUUAAACGUUAUAGAACCAUUUCAUCGCUUUGUUGGACAGGAGAUGAUGACAGACCUGAAGUACCCACUGCAAGAUAAUACCGUUCCCCUCUGGGCAGUUCCAAUAAUUGCAGUGUUAAUACCAUUUACUGUGUUUAUUAUCUACUAUUUCAUUAGAAAGGAUGUCUAUGAUCUCCACCAUGCCAUAUUGGGACUUCUGUUUGCUGUUUUAAUAAGUGGAGUGAUGACUGACGCUAUAAAGGAUGGUGUUGGUAGGCCACGUCCAGACUUCUAUUGGCGAUGUUUCCCUGAUGGGAAAGGGGUGUUUGAUCGAAACACAACUGGUGUUUUGUGUACAGGAGAUAAGAAUGUUAUUAAAGAAGGAUAUAAAAGUUUCCCGAGUGGGCAUACGUCUUGGUCUUUUGCUGGCCUUGGAUUUCUUGCGUGGUAUUUGUCUGGGAAAAUAAGGGCAUUUGACCAAAGGGGUCAUGUUGCAAAACUCUGUAUUGUCUUCCUACCCCUGCUUAUUGCAGCUCUUGUUGGUAUCUCUCGAGUUGAUGACUAUUGGCAUCACUGGCAAGAUGUUUUUGCUGGAGGCCUUCUCGGGCUGACGAUUGCUUCAUUCUGUUAUCUUCAAUUCUUUCCAGCACCAUAUCACAUUGAUGGUUGGGGACCUCAUGCAUACUUUCAUAUGUUAGCAGAGUCUCGUAACGAAGUUCAAGCGUCGUCUCCAAAUUCCAAUAACAUUAACGUGCAGCAAUCUGAAAUCGAAAGUGUCUACAUUCAACCUCAGCAUGAAAUGAGAUUCAAUACACAAGAUUCAAGCCCCAUGUUGAACAGAUAGAACGUGGAACAUGAAUCUGAAAUCAGAGCUUUUCAUUUGUUGUUGAGGAAUAGAGUACGAUCAGAUUGGGUGGUACAUAGGUAGGGAGGAUGUGUAAGUCUUCUAAAACAAAAUACUCUUUCUAGUUUGGGCUUGAAAUGAAGACCACCACUUUCCUUAUUUAUAUUCUUUGAUUCUUUUUCUUCAUUUCCCCAUAUUUGUGAUGACUGUUUAUUUGAGAUUUAUGGUUUGGUAUUGUGAGGUUAUUAUUUUGAUCCCAACUUUGCAUAUUGAUUAGGCUUGUGAACAGAAUUUAAUUCAUUUCGUGUCAUGUACGUAUCUGUUGAUGUAUUCAUUUAUGGUUUGAUAGUGACAGGAAAAAAAAUUCCCAUCA